AUGUUCAAAGUUUCCAAGCUCGUGACAUCAUCUGACGGUUGCCAAAUCUAUGCUGAAGGCGUCGGCAACCUCGAGGGUCCCACUAUCGUCUUGCUACUUUCUAAAGUCUAUCUUCUGAGAUAUGACAUGAGAAGUCAUGGCAGGAGCGGCAGACCCGUAAACCAGAGCGAUUAUUCCUCCCCAAAGUUCGCAGAGGAUUUCAUGGCUGCGGUCGAGGGAUUUAAUCGACAAAAGCCUCAUCUCCUCGGCUGGAGUCUAGGAGCAACUGUUGCGACAGAUGACGUCGCCGAUGCGCUAAAAGCAAGGAUCGAUUUUGUCGAUUCUACGAUCAAUAACUGCAACGCUUCGAACUGGGACGACCGGUUACUUUGUGUUGGGGCAUUCGGUCACCUGAACGCCAUGUCGCGGCAGCAAGAUCCGGAACCCCUUUUGGAUGCAGGGAGUAAGGGAUUAGGAUUGCUCCAUCUAUAUGGAGACGCCGAUAAACAGCUGGACAACGCGGUAGCUGAGGCCCAACGCGCUGAGACUGACAACACGGACGAAGCACCAUGGAAGGAGAGGAAAUAUGCGAACCAACACGGACCAGACGCAGCUUACCAAACAGAUUUCCCUGCCAUCCAUAUGAUGGUGAUGAGCAAGACUUUGGCAGAGCUUGUCUGGUUCGGUCAUUCCACACGUGCCAGUGCAGGUCACACAAUCGCGUCGUUCAUAGUGGUUGCAAUCACUAGCUUCAUCAUUGACCACAAGUGA